ACAGCUGUUUUUAAUUUUAUAGGUCCAAUAGCCGUUUUCAUUUGUUAUUUUGUAAAUUAAAAACAACGUCAUGUCCACCCGCUGGUAUCCCAUCUAUCAACGCGGAAAUCCGCAAUUGCGUGUCUUUUUGCCCAACUUUUGGAUGAAACUGGUGCGUCCCACAGAGGAUCAGCCGGCAAAUGUUGUUACGUUUGCGGUGUCCACGGAAAUGACCAAACAUGAUGUAAAAAACUAUUUGGAAAAGAUUUACAAGGUGCCCGUGGUGGAUGUGCGCACACGUAUUGCAUUGGGAGAGACGAAACGUGAUCAGGUUUACGGAUAUGUGACCAAAAAGGAUGAUGUCAAGUUGGCUUAUGUAACCAUGCCCAAAACUGAAGCAUUUACGUUUCCGGAUCUGUUUGCCAACAAGGCGGAAAAGCAGGAGAAGGAGGAAAAGUCUAUGGACGAGUCUAAGAAUGGUUUUCGCAAGUUUUUGGAACGCAAUAAGAAGCGACCCGGCACACCGGGCUGGUACUCCAUUUAGACUUUAGAUAUUGUAUAGUUUAAGUUGUUUUUGCAACGAGUAAUAACAUUUAUUUUUGAGUAAACUGAA